UCCCUCUUCUUCAUCUUCAUCGCUCUCCCUUCCUCUUCUGCAUCGCCUCCUCCUCUAGCAGAAUCAAUACUCAAGAUGCCAAUGCCGGUGCAUUGGCUGCUCUUCGUUCUAGUUCUAAUGACUUCUCUCCAAUCCAACUCCGUGGUUUGCGCCGCAAAAACGACUUACAUUGUCCAGAUGGAUAAGUCGGCGAUGCCCGCAUCGUUCUCCGAUAAUCUAGAGUGGUACUCGUCGAAAAUUAAAUCGGUGGUCUCCACCUCGAACCCGCAGGAAAUCCAUGGCGAUGCGGAUGAUGAGGAGCGGAUCAUCUACAGCUACCAAACGGCUUUUCAUGGAGUGGCCGCUCGGCUGACCGGGGCCGAAGCCAAGAAGCUAGAGCGAGAAGAUGGAGUGCUUGCUGUUUUCCCGGAGGAGAAGUACCAACUGCACACGACGAGGAGUCCCGUGUUCCUCGGCCUCGACCGCGAAGACAGCACGAACGUUUGGUCCGACAAAGAUUUGGACCAUGACGUCGUGGUGGGAGUCCUGGACACUGGAAUUUGGCCAGAGAGCGCGAGCUUCAACGACACGGGCAUGGCGCCGGUGCCUGCGCACUGGAAAGGAGCAUGCGAGACCGGGAGGGCCUUCGAGAAGCGCCACUGCAACCGGAAGAUCGUCGGGGCGAGGAUCUUUUACCGCGGAUACGAAUCUGCCACCGGAAAAAUCAACAAGCAGACCGAGUACAAGUCGCCGAGGGACCAGGACGGGCAUGGGACUCACACGGCGGCCACGGUGGCUGGCUCGCCUGUACACGGCGCGAAUCUGCUCGGCUAUGCUUACGGAACGGCUCGCGGGAUGGCUCCCGGCGCUAGAGUCGCCGCUUACAAGGUUUGUUGGACGGGUGGGUGCUUCAGCUCCGAUAUUCUAUCAGCAAUUGAUCAAGCGGUGGCGGAUGGAGUCAACAUUCUGUCGAUCUCGCUCGGCGGUGGGGUGUCUCCUUACUACCGUGACAGCUUGGCUAUAGCAGCUUUUGGGGCCAUGGAGAUGGGGGUCUUCGUCUCGUGCUCGGCCGGAAACGGCGGCCCUGAUCCAGUGAGCCUUACCAAUGUGUCCCCGUGGGUCACGACGGUCGGGGCGAGCACAAUGGAUCGAGAUUUUCCGGCGACAGUGAAAUUGGGAACUGGGAUCUCUGUUGCUGGCACUUCUCUGUAUAAAGGCAGGAGGAACCUGUCCAUAAACAAGCAGUAUCCUCUGGUCUAUCUUGGGACCAAUUCGAGCGGUCCUAAUCCAAGCUCAUUGUGCUUGGAAGGAACCCUGAAUUCCCGCACUGUUGCUGGCAAAAUCGUGAUUUGUGACCGUGGAAUCAGCCCUCGCGUGCAAAAAGGUCAGGUGGUGAAGAACGCGGGAGGCAUCGGCAUGAUCCUGCAGAACACGCCCGCCAACGGAGAAGAGCUUGUCGCAGACUGCCACCUCCUUCCAGCGGUAGCAGUUGGAGAGAAGGAAGGCAAGGCAAUCAAGCAUUACAUGCUGACUAGCCAGAAUGCCACCGCUACUCUGGCAUUCGCAGGAACGAGAUUGGGCAUCCGGCCGUCUCCGGUUGUGGCCGCAUUCUCAUCCAGAGGCCCGAAUUUCCUGUCCCUCGAGAUCCUGAAACCCGACAUGGUGGCUCCGGGAGUUAACAUCCUCGCCGCAUGGACUGGCGAUGUGGGCCCGUCCAGCUUAUCCACAGACCACCGGAAGGUUAAAUUCAACAUCCUGUCGGGCACCUCAAUGUCGUGCCCCCACGUGAGCGGGGUCGCCGCAUUGCUCAAGGCGAGGCACCCAGAUUGGAGCCCUGCAGCGAUCAAAUCGGCCCUCAUGACCACGGCUUAUGUCCACGACAACACUCGCAAACCUCUCCAGGAUGCGUCCACUGCCGCAUCUUCUACUCCGUAUGAUCACGGGGCUGGCCACAUAAACCCAUCGAAGGCCCUCGAUCCGGGUUUGGUAUACGACAUCCAGGCGCAGGACUACUUCGAGUUCCUCUGCACUCAAAAGCUAACACCGACGCAGCUUAAAGUUUUCACCAAAUAUGCGAACCGAUCUUGCCAUCACUCAAUUGCCAGAGCUGGGGACUUGAACUAUCCAGCCAUUUCAGUAGUGUUCCCGGAGAAGGCAUCCGUCACUACUCUUACCAUCCACAGAACCGUCACCAAUGUCGGCCCUCCAGUCUCCAAUUACCAUGCGGUGGUGUCGCCAAUCAAAGGCGUGUCAAUCCGAGUCGAGCCAAGCACCCUGAAAUUCACGCAGAAGCAUCAGAAGCUAACGUACAAGAUGACGUUCACGACGACGGCUCGGCAGAACAAGCCGGAGUUCGGAGGAUUGGUGUGGAAGGAUGGGGUUCACAAAGUGAGAAGCCCCGUUGUGGUCACAUGGCUACCACCAGUAUGAGAAGCUCUAGGACUUCCAGUGGAGAGCGUUCAGUGGUUUCCUAAUUUGCAAUAAGCAAUUGAUUCCUACACUUCAUUUUAUCAUCGCCUAGAUUUCUGUUUCACUAUCUUGUACUGUUUGCUUAACCAUAUGAAGGCGACAAUGACUGUAUCAACUAGGUUUGCAAUGCGAAUCCGAAGCCGGUGUAGUAUUU